GCUUCCCCAAAAAAACGUUUACAGUGCAGAGGGCUCUGUAUAGCUCCGCAUUGACAUAAUUGGUUGAUGGCUCUGAGCUGCUGAGCGAAGCUCAAGAGGUAUGAAUGCCCUGACUUCUGCAGAGGCCCGGAUCGCAGUAAAUGCUGUAUGGUCAAAACAGACAUCUGAGUGACCAUACAUACGUUUACCUCAUGGAAAAGCAGAUGCUCGAUAUGACGGGUGAUUACUUGUCCACAAAAGAACAGCUUCACUUUCUCCAACACCACCCAUUGGAGCAACGAUAAACAGGGCGUUUUUACAAGCCAAUCAUGAAUCUAAUUGGCUCUGCAAAGAAAAGGACACCAACGUGCGUCGUUUGAAUUUUGAGCUUGUCUUUUGGUCACGGAAAAUAUGAGUGUCGGCUGGCAAAGGUGUGGCUUUAACUCAGUGUUGUGAACUAGUAUUGGAGGAUGCCUCGUCGCGAUCCUGACGGCUCUUCUGCAAGCCGGCGCAAGGGUGCAACACCCAAGCGUCGGCCUCCAGCCCCAACCGCGCCUGCUUCAACAUCACCGGCAGCACGGCUGAGCGGACCAUCAGCCCCUGCAGGUGUAGCUCCCUCCCGGCAAAAGAGGAGGUUUCGCCCUGGCACCCGAGCUCUGAUGGAAAUUCGAAAGUACCAGAAGAGCACGGACUUGCUUUUGCGCAAGGGACCGUUUGCGCGCCUGGUUCGGGAGGUGUGCCAGACGUAUAGCAGGGACUUCAUGAGAUGGCAGGUGUAUGCUCUUCUGGCAUUGCAGGAGGCUGCAGAGGCUUUCCUCGUUUUACUGUUUUCCGAUGCCUACCUGUGUACCAUCCACGCCAAGCGUGUAACGCUAUUCCCCCGUGACAUUCAGCUUGCCCGGCGAAUUCGAGGAGUGGAUCAUCUCUGAGAACACUCAGAUGAGCCAUUGAGCUUUCUGCUGCCUCCUGGCCCCUGAUCUACCCGCUUUCCCAGCAGGCAGCGCAGCCAAUCCAAUCUUCUCACACCUGCCUGAAACAGCUCCUGAUGGUCCUGUUUACAGGUGUGCUGAGGCUUCGCUUGGGACCGAGAAUCACACCGGGCAACAUUUAGGGAGUUCGAUGUUUAAAGUUAACGGCACACCAGUUGAACGACUACAGAGGAGCGGGAACACUGUUUUAGCGUAUUAUCACAAUAAUGGUGUGGACAUGAGGAUUUUUGGAGUCAAAGAGAAGGGGUUGGACAGAGAAUGGUACUG